CCAUUCUUUCUCUAACAUAACUUCUUUAGCCAUAUCACUCUUGAGUCUUUCCAGCGCUACACUUAUCACGCUAAUUUCCAGAAAUUAUGUUAACAACAAAGUCAUGGAUCAAAAGUGACAAGCGUAUCGUGAUCGAAACCAGACAGAAGCAGCCACGUUUGUCCUGGGAUGAAAUCGCCAAGUUGACCAGUGAGCCACACUCGGCGCAAGAAUGCCGAAGAGUUUAUGAAGAGCAUCAAAUGAAAACGCGCAAGAGCUCGUCUUCUGAGCCUGAAGAAGAUGAUGCUGGUAAAAGAGAGCAGCCAGAAGUAGCAUCGUUUCCUGCCUAUCGAGUACCCAUACGCACCGUCAAGUUUUGGACAAAGCAGGAGGAACACGAUUUAACAAAAUACCGUGAGACGCAAAAAAUGACAUUCAACUCCGUGGCUAUGGAGAUGAAUCGCACCGUCGCUUCCGUCAAGAGCAAGUACUACCGACUGAAAGAGAAACAACGUCUACAAUCACAACAAGAUGAAGACGAGAGCCCCGAAUUGUUGUCAACAGAAAAAAUAGCAGCAGCAGCACGCAGCAACAACAACGUGGACGCUGGGUCCGAUAAUGACGGCCGCGACGACAGUAAAAACAUCGAAACGAGCUACCAGACCCGAAAGUCUUGGUCCAAGGAAGAAGAGCAAACACUGGCCCACUAUCGCCAACAGGGAUUACCGUGGAAAGAAAUCGCCCUCAAGAUGGACCGCUCUGUUGGCUCAUGCACUUCCAAAUGGCAGAGUAUUAUCAAAAAAGAAGCAAUGCCAGAACAACAACAGCAGCGGAAACAGCAAGAGCGAUCAGCAUCCGCGCCGCGUCCGCCACCUACAUCUUCAGCGCCAUCUGUCACAAGCGCUGAUACUACCAAAACCAAGAAAAAGUAUACAGAUGAUACCAUCACCGACGCUGCGAACACUCCAGCAUCCAACGCCCCAAGUUUGAGAAGACCCUAUCAGUCUUGGACAGCAGAAGAAACAGAUGCGCUGGUUCGGUACCGUAACAAGAAGCUGCCAUGGGAGGAAAUUGCUCUCAGAUUGGGUCGGAGUGUGGCCUCAUGUCAAGCCAAGAAUCGGCGUCUUUAAACACUCCAACACCAGAGGAAAAAACUGUCAGGAGUAUCCGCAAACAAAAAAAGUUGUCAAGCAACUUCAUCUUGCG